CCGCUCACGAUGGUGCUCCAGCAGCUUGCUGCACAGAGCCUGGCUCCUACUGCAUGCACGACCAUUGAGGAGGUCGGCUCUACUGGUGUCGGUGCUCUCACUAUCACCUUCUUGAUCCUGGCUGUUUCAACAAUCAUCUUCAUCACGCGUGUUGGUCCCGCCACCUCCCAGAAAGUGUACUACUACUGCAAUGUCUUCAUCUGUGGCCUUGCCACCAUGUCCUACUUUGCCAUGUUGUCUGGCCAGGGGUGGACGGCAGUUGCUGGCUGCAGGCAGUUUUUCUACGCACGAUAUGUCGACUGGACGAUCACUACCGCCCUGAUCAUUCUCGAGCUCGGAUUGAUUGCUGGAGCUGAGCCUGCGCUUAUUGGAGGUGUGAUGGGAGCAGACGUUAUCAUGAUUGUGGGAGGUUAUCUGGGCACGGUCUCGAUCGUGACAACAGUCAAGUGGUUUUGGUUUGUCAUCUCCAUGGCUCUCUUUGUUGUGGUGCUCUACGCUCUCGCCGUCAACUUCAGAGAUUCUGCUCUUCAGAAAGGAAACGACCGCGCUGAUGUCUACGGGCGUCUGGCAUGGCUGACCAUCGUGUCAUGGAUCUUCUACCCAGUUGUCUGGCUCUUCUCAGACGGUUUCGCAUCCUUCUCGGUCUCUUUCGAGGUUUGCGCCUACUCCAUCCUCGACAUCGCAUCCAAGGCGAUCUUCGGCUUCAUGGUGAUGUCCGCCCACGGCAUCCUUGAGACCGGAACCACCAUGAACCAGGAGUAUGUGUGAGGAGCCUCUAAGGCAUUCAACAGCUGAUAUUCAUCGAUUUGUUCAAGUAAAUGCACUGCUGUGAA